AUGUCCACUGCCAUUCCAUUCACUCCAUCCACCUGCUCUACCUCUACUACCAUUAAGCCGCAGCCAAGCGCCCAUGGAAAGAUAGUCAAACUAUCAGCAAUUGAUCAAAUCGCUCCAAGAGACUACAUCUCAUCAUGCCUGUAUUUUCCUGUGUCACAAAAUGCGGAUAAGAGACAUAUCUUUCAUCUAUUCGAGCGAGCCUUGGUCAACACGAUCAUUGACAUCCCGGAACUCGCAUGUUCUGUGCGACAGCCCAUCGGAAGCACUCGGGAAGAGGUUGAGCUUCUAUUCGAUAUGGAGCAGGGCGCCAGACUCAACUACAAGGAUUACACGGCACCGGAACUUCGGACUUUAUGGAAGUUCGGAACGUUCCACCAACUUGAGAGGGAUUAUUUUCCUCUUAAUAUCCCGAGACACAUCAUCUUCGGCACAUCUGCAAAGCUCGUGUCCGGUGCCAGUAUUCCGGCGCUGGUGCUUCAGUGUAACUUCAUAUGUGGAGGCCUUAUACUCGGGACCUGUCUUCAUAUAUUGAGUGAAAUGCAGCAUGUGGCGGGCGAUGGCGUGUGCAACUUUAUCUUGCACAAGACAAUAGGCAUGCACUUGGCCGCCAUUACCCAAGAGCUCGGCCUCCGAGUUUUUCCAAUUACCCCCCUUGAACGAAGCUCAGUUGUUGAGGGUGAACAAGGCGUGACUUUAGAAGAGUUUCCUGAUUGGAAGCUCACAGAGACCUCUUCCACCUUUCUGAACCCGACAAAUUACGAAGCUGCCGAGGCUCAGUCUACUGAGCAUGGGAUAUUCUCCAUCUCUGCAGAAAAGCUUUCUCUUCUCAAGAACCAUGUCCUAAAAAGCGCUACGAACAAAAAGCUGAGCACAACUGAAGCUAUAUGUGCUUUUCUUUGGCGCCACGUUGUUCUUGCCAGGCAGAUAGACCACCAUCGAUACCCAGAGGCGAAGCUAUCAAUCACUGUUGAUGCGAGGGAACGCAUGGAAGAUCCUCCACUCCCAUCCAACUAUUGGGGGAAUUUUGCGGAGCCGAACGCAGUCGCCAGAGCAUCUGUCGCUCGUCUACAGAAUGAAGAAGACGGACCCACGAUCUAUGUGGAGUUGGCGACUAGUGUCAAGCGAGCCAUUGCUGCAGUCAACAACAGAGCAGUAAGGCGCCUCGUUGGACUGCUCAAUCAGAUGCCCAAGAGUACUUCCUUGACCUGGAAUGUUGACCGAUACCCUGGCCCAGACAUGCUCAUAGUCUGUCUUCAAGCACAUAGAUAUGAUGACAUUUAUUUCGGGCGUGAUCUGGGAUAUCCUUCUGCGUUUCGCGUUACGGUUGGAGACACUGAGGGAAAGCCUGACGGCCGGUGCAUCAUCCUACCACCACGCCAUGCUGAAGGCCAUGGACUGGAACUGAUUGUACAAUAUAGCAGUGGAACUUUGGAGAGGCUUGAGAGUAAUGUAGAGUUUAGCAAGUUCUUUACACGUCGUAACUAG